CCCACCUUGCCCUCCCACCACCAUGAAGGCUCACUCUUUUGCCAUCGUCGCUCUUUGCACUGCUUUCAUCGUCGAGGCCUCUUCGCCUCAUCACCUCCGCACGGUGAACUCCCGUCAUGCUCGUCUCGCCCGUCGUGACGGAGCUAAACGUUGCAAGAACCGUACACCUCCCCCUCCUCAGAACGUCACCGGGAACCAGGACCAAAGUCAGAGCCAGGGUCAAAACAAGGACCAGAGCCAGAACAAGGACCAAAGUCAGAAUCAGGACCAAAACAAGGACCAAAGUCAGAACCAGGAUCAAAACAAGGACCAAAGCCAAAGUCAAGGCCAGAACAACAACAACAACAACAACAACAACAACGGCAACAACCAAGGUGGUAGUGCUAUUGAUGGGCUGUUGAACGUUGGUUCCACCUGUGGCGAUAUUGGCGCUACCAAGGAGAAUCCCAACGGAUCCGAAGGCUGGCUCAACUGCGGUAUCGACGGCGACGGAUGGAGACCCCAGAACGUUGGAAUUGGCGACCUCAAGAUUGUAGACCUGCGUGCUGCGAUCGGAGAUAACAAUUCUCCCUUCAAGGCUUGCAGUGACUAUGUUGACAAGUUCUAUCAAUACGCCGGCGAAGCCGGACUGCCUCCAACCUUGAUGGCCUCCAUUGCUAUGCAAGAGUCCGGUUGCAAUCCGUCCACCACCGGAGGAGGCGGAGAAGCCGGUAUCAUGCAGCUUACCAAGGACAAGUGUGGCGAUGCUCCUGGUGGCAACUGCUACGAUGUCGAUUAUAACCUCCGCACGGGCAUUCAAUUCUUCAAGAAAACUUUGAACGACAACAACGGCAACGUUCUCAAAGCCAUCGGCAUGUACAACGGUUGGACGGAAGGUAUGACCAUCGCCUCUGCUACUGCAGCCGCCUCGAGUUCUUGCUGUAGAUGCCAGAACAACCUUGACUACAUCCACCAAAUGUGCAAUGGUUGGUUCCAGAAUAAAAACCCCUAUACUCUCAGUCUCGGAACAUACCACAAUCUUGACCACUGUUAGUGCUGAAUCACUACCGGUUCGUGGGCUACUUAACUACUAUAUACACACUCGCUUUCCUACACUAUUAUACCCUAUAUCACCGCAACAGUACGUGUGACAGCAGUUGAUAUCGAUUGUCGAUUGUAACACAGUUUCU